ACUGUGAAACUUUGGAGACGCGCACGCGAAAACGAAAAGAAAAGUGAGAGUGCAUGUAGUGUGUUGACAACUAACAACAAUCAACCGUGUAGGAGAGUGUAUGUAUGAAUGUAAGGAAGUGUGCGUGUGAGUCAGAAUAAUAACGCUAGAAAGCCUUAUACUUCUUAACGUGUUAACGUGGCCAAGGUGUUGUUUCUUUUAUUUAUAUGUAUGUAUGUGUGUGCACUAAGCAGGCUCCAACACACACGAACACACACAGAGAUUAUAACUACAACUACAUGCACAUAGAGAGGUGUCAGGCAAGCACUCCAGUAGAAAAAUUUGGCAACAACAACACGUAGAGUAAAAAACAAACAGAACAAUAAAAAAAUAAAUUCUAUGUGCAAAAAAGUGAACACUUAAGCAAAAUCAAUAAUUGGCCGUGCGUAUGAGUGUGCCAUUUGUAAGUGUGUGUGAGUGAGUGUGUGCUUGUGCUUGAGUGUAUGUGUGAGUGCGCUCAUUGGACAUUUGUGGAGCAAGUGCCACUAAGUCAAACAUAAGAAGACGCAGAAAAGGAAGAAGAAGCAGCAACAGCAGCGAGAAUAAGAGCAAAUAUGCAGCAACAACAACAGCAGCAACAACAAGUUAGUGGCGUCAUCGCAAGUGGCAGUCAUACAUCCACACCCAUGCCCACAGCGCAAAGCAACACAGCUGUUGGAACACCCCCAACAUCAGCAGUAGCUGCAGCGGGAGGCGCAAGCACACCCAUACGCAUAAGCAGCGCCAGCAAGCACUCAGGUGGCGGCGACUCCUUGCUGCCACCCGCAACACCUGGCGGCAAUCUGGCCAGCUCCGCCACCUCCUCCUCCCAUUCGGUGCCCGGCACACCGCAGCAGCAGCCACAAUCGAGCAGCGUGCCCACAGCCAGUGGCAGCCACCUGCAGCUGCAAACACCGAGCGCACUCUCAAUGAACGCCUCGAAUCAAUCGCUGGGCAUGAGCAGCGUUGGCGCUGGCAGCAGCAGCUUUAGUGGCAUCAACAUAACGCCGCCAAAUAGCGCCGGCAUUAGGCAGUCGACAGUAUUCGAUUUCAAAUUCAAGCGUCGACCCUCGCAAAAAGUUCUCCUAUCCAAACUGCCAUCCACAGAUAGUUUGAGCAACAGUCCAGCGCCAUCAUCGCCAGGAAUUGCCAAUUGGGCCUCAGACAAUCGCGAUGGCCAUCUGGCAGAUAAGAGCUCCGCCGAUGCAGCCAAACUCAAUCGCAAGGAGUCGUACAAGGCUCAGCGCAAGAACUACAGACGCGAGAAGAAGCGCGUGGCGAGCGAGUUGAUGAACUCGCUGCAGGAUCCGGCGGUUAUAGUGCUGGCGGAUUGGCUGAAGGUGCGCGGCACACUCAAGUCCUGGACGAAGCUGUGGUGCGUGCUCAAGCCGGGCCUGCUGCUGAUCUACAAGAGUCAGAAGACCAAGAGCAGCCAUUGGGUGGGCACAGUUAUGUUGACCUCGUGUCAGGUUAUAGAACGUCCCAGCAAGAAGGAUGGCUUUUGCUUUAAGCUAUUCCAUCCGCUGGAGCAGUCUAUCUGGGCGCCACGCGGACCCGACAAGGAGACCAUAGGCGCCGUGGUGCAGCCGCUGCCCACCGCUUAUCUCAUCUUUCGUGCGCCCAGUCAGGCUGCUGGCAAAUGCUGGAUGGAUGCCUUGGAGCUAUCGCUACGCUGCUCCGCCUUGCUGCUGCGUUCGAAUAGCAGCGCCACAGCUGCCAAUAACUAUGCUGGCGAACCGCUGCCCGUUUCGCAUGAAACCCAAUGGUCCGAGGCCGACUACGAGAAGCACUUCAAUGAGCAUGGUAAGUGCCCGCGCCUGGGCCUCGAGCUGGACAAUCACAGUCUGCCCUCGCGUGCGCAGACGCCGCUGCUGCAGCAGCUCUAUAGCAGCGCCGUUAACAACUGGGAGCGCACCAAGCGCUUGCCGCGCCUUGGCCUGGAGCUGCGUCGCGGCAGCUCGACUUCGACUUCAGCUUUUGCAGGCGCGCGUCCCAAGUCCGCCUCGCUGGGCGGCGUGCUGGGCGGCGCAGCAUCCUCGAGCUCCAGCGAAGAGGAGCCCAUUUACAGCAGCUUGGUCACACUGAAGUCCAACUCGCGUCCCGUCAGCGCUCCGCCCGAUUGCCUGCUGCGUCCGCUUUGCCAAAUCAAUGUCAAGGAUCUAGACGCCGACAGCCAAAAUGAGGCGGCAAACGCUGCGAUGUCCGGCCUGGAAACCGAUACGGAAUCCGAUCCGCCCGCAGAGGAAGAAGCAGCAGAGCCCGAGCCAGUGGAGCAGCCCAUCUGCGAGACAAACUAUGUGCCGCUUACCGAGGAGGAGUUCGGUGCGCAAGGUGAACAGGUGGAGGAGCUGGCUGAGGAAAACAAAAGCCUUAUGUGGUGCAUUGUCAAACAAGUGCGUCCUGGCAUGGAUCUAAGCAAGGUAGUAUUGCCUACAUUCAUACUGGAACCGCGCUCGUUUCUGGACAAGCUCUCUGACUCGUACUAUCAUGCGGACAUGCUCUCCAGAGCUGUGCUGGAGGAGGAUGCCUUCGUGCGCAUGAAGUACAUUGUGCAAUGGUACCUGUCCGGCUUCUAUAAGAAGCCCAAGGGCUUGAAGAAGCCCUAUAAUCCGAUUCUGGGUGAAAUGUUUCGCUGCUAUUGGCAGCAUCCGAACGGCAGUCGCACUUAUUACAUAGCCGAGCAGGUCUCGCAUCAUCCGCCAGUGUCGGCUUUCUAUGUGACUAAUCGCGAGGAUGGCUUCAGCAUUACCUGCUCCAUCUUGGCUAAAUCGAAGUUCUACGGCAAUAGCACAUCGGCUGUGCUGGAGGGCAUAGCUACGAUGACACUACUGCCGCGGGGCGAAAGUUAUACGCUGACCACGCCCUAUGCCCACUGCAAGGGCAUACUGAUGGGCACGCUAUCCAUGGAGCUGGGUGGCAAGAUCAACAUUGAGUGCGAGAACACCGGUUACAAGACGGAGCUCGAAUUUAAGCUGAAGCCAUUCCUCGGUGGUGCCGAUGCCACCAAUGUGGUCACAGGCAAAAUCAAGCUGGGCAAGGAUACGCUGGCCACUAUACAAGGCCACUGGGAUAAGGAGUGUCGCAUCAAGGAUAUGCGCACAGGCGAUGAGACGCUGCUUUUUAAAGCGGAUGCGGAUAUGCGCGCCAAGCGUCUGAAGCGCUACAUGGUGCCCAUGGAGCAGCAAGAGCCAACAGAGUCGCAACGCAUGUGGCACUUGGUAUCCGAGGCAAUUGCACGCGAGGAUCAGGUGGCUGCCACCGAAGAGAAAACAGUGCUGGAGGAGGCACAGCGAGCAGCGGCCAAGCAGCGCGCUGAAACCGAAACGAAACACAUGCCCGAACUCUUUGAGCUAAACAGCCAAGAGCAAUGGGUCUACAAGUAUGCAGAUCUGCGUCCCUGGAAUCCACGUCAAGACAUACGCCAAUACGAAUGCAACUUCAAGGUGUUGACCGAAUCACGCAGCAAAGCAAGCGGCGCACCGCUCAGCAAUGCGCUGCCCAAGGCAAGCAAAGCUAAGAACAAGAGCCUGGUGCUGGCGCCGCGCGACACCAACUCGGAUUCCAGCCAAUCGCCACAAGGCGCAGUCAAACGCGGCAUCAGCAGCAAUUCACUGAAACACCUCGCCAUGGCCGUGGAGCAGGUGAACCUGGCACUGGAGCAUCAGGCGCGACAGCUGACAGACAUACGCAGUCGUCUGGAGCGCAUGCAAUAUGCGCCGCCUAUCAGAUCUACAAGCAUGCUCAUGGUCGAUGGAGCAUUAUCACAGACAACGGUCAUCAAGUCGGUGCUGUUUGCGAUCAUUGGGCUUGCUUGCAGUUUAAUCUUGCGCUGGCUUUUCAAAUAGUUUUUCAUUUAUUUGUAUAACAUAAAAUAGACUUAAGCAGACUUUUGAGCUAUAUAAACAUAUAGUUUAUAUACAUCAUACGAUA